UUAAGCGGGUCCCAGUCACCUUGAAUCGCGCCCGGGGUCGGUGCCCUGCUUUGGUGCCGCACGAUCUAGGUGGGCUGAGCUCCCCCCGCUCCCAUGGCAACCCGAUAGAUCCACUCUCUCCUUUGCUUGUUCGCGGUGUCUCGCUAGGACCAGGAGCAGAGGCUCCGUGAUGUCAGCGGGCUGCUGCACAGGAUCGUUCGCGGGCUCCAUGCCUGCCUCUCUCCGUCGUCCGACCGUGAUGACCUCUCGUACUCCCACUAAUCAUGCUCCCUGCAUCCCGGUGAGUGAGUGCGGAGGAACGACGCGGCGCUCGCUCGUCGCUCGGGAUGUCUAAUUAGGCGGCUCUGCGACGCGAUCGGGAUUCUCUGCUCGGCUGGCUGCGCGCCGCCGUCAUGGACAGGCUGCCUCCCUCCAUGCGCAAGCGGCUCUACAGCCUACCGCAGCACACGGGACACAAGGCUGCGAUCAUGGACGAGGAGGAAGACAGCGACAAGGACAUUCGCAGGAAGAGCAGCAUCAGGAUGAAGCCGCUACCUUCACCGGCGGCCUCGGCCGGCGCAGAGAGCAAAGGAGGCGGAGAGGCACUCAUCAUGGAGACGGACAUGGGGCGCCCCGCCAAGAGCAGCUCCAACGGGGACUGUCGCAGGUUCAAGGGGAGCCUGUCGUCCAUCGCCAGCCGCCACUUACACGAGUCCAGCGUGCCGGAGGAGAAGAGGCUCAUCGCCGAGGGCGACGUGACCCCCAGCGAGGAGAACACCCCGACUGGCCCCCUGGAUGGAGGCGCGGAGCCGGGGGCACCGGGAGCGCUCGGCGGCUCACCGGGAGAUGCGUUCAGCGACCCCAGCCUAGCGGACGACCAGGCAGGCUUCAUGCACAGGCAGUUCGGGGCUAUGCUGCAGCCCGGGGUGAACAAGUUCUCCCUGCGGAUGUUCGGGAGUCAGAAGGCGGUGGAGCGGGAGCAGGAGCGGGUCAAGUCGGCUGGUUUCUGGAUCAUCCACCCAUACAGCGACUUCAGGUUCUACUGGGACCUGACCAUGCUGCUCCUUAUGGUGGGAAACCUGAUCAUCAUCCCCGUCGGCAUUACCUUCUUCAAGGAUGAGCACACGCCUCCCUGGAUCGUCUUCAACGUGGUGUCCGACACCUUCUUCCUCAUCGACCUGGUGCUGAACUUUCGCACUGGCAUCGUGGUGGAGGACAACACGGAGAUCAUCCUGGACCCCCAGCGCAUUAAGAUGAAGUACCUGCGCAGCUGGUUUGUGGUGGACUUCAUCUCCUCCAUCCCCGUGGACUACAUCUUCCUGAUCGUGGAAACGCGCAUUGACUCGGACUUUUAUAAGACCGCCCGUGCCCUGCGGAUCGUGCGCUUCACCAAGAUUCUCAGCCUGCUGCGCCUCCUGCGGCUGUCCCGGCUCAUCCGCUACAUUCACCAGUGGGAAGAGAUCUUCCACAUGACGUACGACCUGGCCAGCGCUGUGGUGCGCAUCGUGAACCUCAUCGGGAUGAUGCUGCUGCUGUGCCACUGGGAUGGCUGCCUGCAGUUCCUGGUCCCCAUGCUGCAGGACUUCCCCGAGGACUGCUGGGUUUCACAGAACAAAAUGGUGAACGACACGUGGGGCCAGCAGUACUCGUAUGCCCUCUUCAAAGCCAUGAGUCACAUGCUGUGCAUCGGCUAUGGCCAGCAAGCGCCCAUCGGCAUGACGGAUGUGUGGCUGACCAUGCUGAGCAUGAUUGUGGGUGCCACCUGCUACGCCAUGUUCAUCGGCCACGCCACAGCUCUCAUCCAGUCGCUGGAUUCGUCACGACGUCAGUACCAAGAGAAGUAUAAGCAGGUGGAGCAGUACAUGUCCUUCCACAAACUGCCCGCUGACAUGCGCCAGCGCAUUCAUGACUACUAUGAGCACCGAUACCAGGGCAAGAUGUUUGAUGAGGAGAGCAUCCUGGGAGAGCUGAGUGAGCCGCUGCGUGAGGAGAUCAUCAACUUUAAUUGCCGUAAGCUUGUGGCAUCAAUGCCACUAUUUGCCAAUGCUGACCCCAACUUUGUGACCUCGAUGCUGACCAAGCUGCGCUUUGAGGUGUUCCAGCCAGGUGAUUAUAUCAUCCGGGAGGGCACCAUCGGCAAGAAAAUGUACUUCAUCCAGCAUGGCAUUGUGAGCGUGCUCACCAGAGGGAACAAGGAGACCAAGUUGUCAGAUGGCUCCUACUUUGGGGAGAUCUGCCUGCUGACCCGUGGACGGCGGACGGCCAGCGUUCGUGCCGACACCUACUGCCGCCUGUACUCAUUGUCUGUGGACAACUUCAACGAGGUCCUGGAGGAGUAUCCCAUGAUGAGGCGGGCUUUCGAGACCGUGGCGCUGGACCGGCUGGACCGAAUAGGCAAGAAGAACUCCAUCCUUCUGCACAAGGUGCAGCACGACCUCAACUCGGGUGUCUUCAACUACCAAGAAAACGAGAUCAUCCAGCAAAUCGUUCAGCAUGACAGAGAAAUGGCCCACUGCGCCCAUCACCUGCAGAACGCUGCACCACCCAGCUCCAGCUCCACGCCCGUCAUCUGGACUCCUCUGAUUCAGGCUCCACUUCAGGCUGCUGCCGCCACCACAUCAGUGGCCAUCGCGCUGACCCAUCACCCUCGCUUCCCUGGCGCACUCUUUCGGCCACCAGUCUCAGUGCUGGGCUCUCUCGGCAAGCAGCCACCCACGACGCCCCGGCAGCUCAAGAGGUUUCACUCCUUUGUCCCGUCUGCCCGUCCCUCGCCGUCCAGUACGCCAUCCCAGUUCCAGACCCCGGGCCUGGACACCCCAACGCUGGCCUCCUUCCAGGCACAUCAGCCCCCAGGGACUUCAGCCUCGGCGAGCCUGAGCCAAUUGCACCAUGCCUCCAUGAACUCACCCCAAGGCCCGAGUGCCGCCUCCAUCUUCACCUUCGGCCAGCUCCAGCAGUCUUCAUCCGCCUCGUCUUCCUCCAGCGUGGCCCAGUUUCAGCAACAUAAGCAGCGCGAUUUGAGCAGCCUCUCCCCGGCGGGACCCGGCUUCUUUCAGCAGGACACGUGUGCUUCGCCUACGGCCUCCCUGCUCAGUCAGCUGCAGGCCUCACCCCGGCUGCCCCAAGGCUUUGUGGCGAACGCCAGGACUUCCAGUGGCCUCAAUCUCUUCCAGACUCCUCCGUCCGGCACCCCUUCUGGCCUGGGCUCUCCAUCCUCGGUGCAGGCACGUGGCUUGGCGGGAGCACCUCUGGGCUCGGCGUCUCAGCUUCAUCUGGUGGGCCCCAGUUCUGCCGGGGCCUCCCCCAGCUACUCGCCUCUUGCCCCGAGCCCCUCGGUGCUCAGCAGGACUUUCCAGGCCAGCGGUGUGCCGAGUGAGUCAAGCUCCCACAGUAGUCUGCUCCUCCCACAGACUUGUAGCCACGCAGCGGUGGUGGUGGCCCAGCCGCUGUCCCAAGACAUAAGGCUCAUGUCCGCCUCCCAGCCCACUCUUCCCCAGGAGCUGACUCGUGGCACCAGUCGGGGGCCCCAGCACUCGUCCCGGGAGUCCGUCUCCAGCUUUGGCGCCUCAGCGAGACCCUGCAGCUCUGUGCCCGGCCGAAUGACUCUCCCCAGGCAGAUGUCGUCAAGGUCUAUACCUCAGACACCAAAUGUGGGGACCGCCCUACCCCUGACCUUCCUGCCCCCCAAGAGCUCUGCGGCGUUCCCGGCUGAACUCGAGCCCGUGCGCUCCAAGCUGCCCUCUAACUUGUGAUGCCACUGUGUCUUUGUUCAAUUCUGCAAGAUAACUGUGAUGCCUGGGUUGUGCUCUUCAUUUGCACCCGUAGCCCCUCACUCUUUUAUAGCUGCUUGUGUUGGGGGGUGGGGGGGGGUCUGACUGCCCAAAGAAGCCCAAAGCCUUUCCAGAUGCCCGUCUUCCCCCAUUGGCCUCCCUGCAGGAAUUAAGGAAAGAGGUGGUUGAGCCGUGUUCGCAAACAGGGAGACUUGGCUG